UUGGUUUAUUUGCUUAUUAUAUUAAAACCAAAGUCAUAGUGCUGGCAUUGUGCCAUGCAGAACAGUUACCCAUGUCAGUAAGAUAAGCUGUGUGAGUUGGUGGUACCACUAACGUAUGUUCUCACUGAAUAUGACCUGAAGUAAUUUUUUAAAUAAAAAACGCCGUGACUCAAACAACAUAUUAUUUUCCUUACAGCUAACUCUAUUGCUCCUGUAGCAUCCAAGGCCACGUGAGGAGGGAUAUCUUCCAGCUACUGCAGGGAACGAAAAAGGGGGUUUAUGUUUGGGAGGGACUAAGCUGAGAGGAGGAGAGUGAGCGUCUGCAGUGAAAGCUGGAGGAACAAUUCUGCCAACUCACACAGCACCUCCCAGUACCUGUCUCAAGUGCUUCUGCAGCUGCUGACAGCCUAAUAGCAUGAACUUCUAUCAACCUUUCUAACCACUGCCAACCUUGUCAACAUGAGCCAUCCCUUUAGAUGGGCUGGAUUUUACCAGCACCAAAGACAAUUACAGGAAAUUUUGCCAAUGUGAUUCAUGGUUUGAAUGCAAACCACUUGACAGACCAAGUCAUUCAGAGAAGCAAGCGAAUGAUUCUGGAUACUCUUGGAGUGGGGCUUCUGGGUACCAGCACCGAGGUCUGCCACAAAGUGACACAGUACAGCAAAAUCUACAGCUCAGAUAUAUCCAGUACCAUCUGGGGCCACUUGGAUUUCCGACUGCCUCCUCUGUAUGCAGCUUUUGUGAAUGGAGUGGCUGUGCACUCAAUGGAUUUUGACGACACAUGGCAUCCAGCCACACACCCAUCCGGGGCUGUGCUCCCCGCCGUGAUUGCACUCUCAGAGGCCUUUCCUCAGAAGAAAAAAAUCUCAGGUCUCGAUCUGCUCUUAGCUUUCAAUGUGGGAAUUGAAGUGCAAGGCAGGCUGCUGCGCUUCUCCAGCGAAGCCAGGAAUAUUCCAAAAAGGUUUCACCCACCGACUGUGGUUGGUACGAUGGGGAGUGCCGCAGCUUGUGCUAAACUGCUAGCUCUUGACCAGCUGAAAUGUAAAAACGCCUUGGCUAUUGCUGCCUCCUAUGCAGGUGCCCCACUGGCUAACGCAGCAACCCAAACGAAGCCCCUCCACGUUGGCAAUGCUGCCAAGCAUGGACUGGAAGCAGCUUGCUUAGCAUCACAGGGCCUUCAAGGAAACAAACAGAUCUUGGACAUGGAGUCAGGGAUAGGUGCCUUUUAUACAGAUUACAACCCACAGGCUCUGCCAACCUUGCAGUCCUAUCCCUGGCUGUUGGACCAACAAGACGUGGCCAUCAAACACUUUCCUGCUCAUCUUGGAACACACUGGGUGGCUGAUGCAGCAUCUUCUGUUAGGAGGAAGCUUGUAGAGAGCAGUGACAACUUUCUCCCCCUUGAUAAAAUUGAGAAAGUCAUUCUCAAAGUCCCAGAAGUCAAAUAUGUGAACAGACCCAGCCCUACCUCAGAGCACGAAGCUCGACACUCCUUCCAGUUUGUCGCAUGCUCUGCUUUGCUGGAUGGCAGCAUGUCGGUCCAGUCCUUCACCAGUGAGAACAUUCACCGGCCAGCCUUGCGGGAGCUCCUCAGCAAAACACAGCUGGAGCACCCUACCGAUAACACACCUAGCUUUGAGAGUCUUUACUGUGAAGUGAGUGUCACACUUCGGGAUGGCAACCCGAUCAGCGACCGCUGCGAUACAUUCUACGGACACUGGAGGAAACCUCUGAAAAAGGAGGACUUGGAGAAAAAGUUUCAGUCCAAUGCCUCCAGCGUCCUGCCUGCAGAAGCCACAGAAGGCAUUCUAGAGACCGUGUACAACCUAGAAAAAGUAGAGGACUGUUCUGUAUUAAGUACAUUUUUAUCAGGACAGUCAGCUAGAGCGCUUUCGGAGAAGCUACGCUUCCUUUGAAUGUUCCAACCAACGGCUAGAUGCUGUUCACAAAGCAAACGCAAAAUUCAGGACAAAUUCUUAUUUAGUGACUCAAGCACUUUUUAAUAGGACUCCUGUAACACAAGAGCCAUGCUCAGUCCAAUAUUGUGGUUUUAGACCAAGUAAAUAAUUUAGCAAUUGUGUGCACAGCUCAAUCAGGCUGAACAGAAGAUCCUCUCCUGGCAGUCAACUUCAAUUAUCUUUAUACCUCUAGAGGCAGAGCACUGCUUGCGCACAACACAAAAAUUUCCCGGAUCUUCUGCCAGAAGUUGGCUGAAUGUUCUGCUUCUGCUAAAUAACUCCAUAAAGGAAAUCCAAAUUCUGGAGGAGUAUGGAAAUGCUGUGCCCAUGAGAAACAUCACUGUGAGAAAGACAGUAAUAAAAACCUUUAUAUAUUUAGUUCUGUAGAUUUAGCUCUAAAGCCUCCUUGAAGAGGCCACGUUACCUCUGAGCUUUGACGUUUGUGCUAAAAUAAACACAGCACAUAUACAGAGUAGUAGCACUUGCUACUCUGCAACGUCAGGCUUUGCUGUAGUGAUUGGUCUGGCAUCGAUGAGGUAAAGGUUAGUGCCCCUCCUGAUCUCACCAGCUGCUGAGCAAGAGGAUCAACUCAACACACCUUCCAUUUUUGGCUGCUCUGUGGUAUAGGUUUGUUCCUGCUGUAUUCCCGCUCCAGUUACAAGGUGCUCACUCAGCAAGACAUGAUUAGCACUAACUAGUGAUGACAGUUUAGAUUACUUCAGGCACUGCAAAGCAUGGGCUACAGUACACUCGUUACGAGUGACAGAGACCUGUGAGCAUCAGAAUGCUUCUUACGCUGAGACAAUUAAGUGUCCCCAGUGACAAUCAACUUUUACCUUGAUAAUGAAUUCUGGGAAUUUUUAGCUCCUGCAGGAGUACAAAGCCUUGCCAGAUUGUGCUUCUAAGGUGGGCUGACGACCUUUGCUCACAUUUGCAAGAUCAAAGCACAUGUUCUAAUAUAUAUAGGAUGUACCUUCCUUAGGGCACUAAACUCUGUAUGCAAAAAAAUCACAAAAUAAAGCUAAUUCAUUUUACUAACUAAACGUCAAAUUAUUUCAUUUAUUAGAGCAAAACUUGUGUGUUUUCCACAUGCAAUGUAUUCAUUUG